AUGCAGCGCUUACUUCUAAGCAUUCUAUUGCCAUUUAUCUUAGCGGCAAGCUUAGUAAAAGCUCAAUUCCAAACGGGUGAUGUUGUUUUAGUAUCACAGAGCUCAUGGUACGUGUGCUCUCCAAAUCCGACAAAUAUAGUGAGCUAUUCUAUAACAACGUACAACCAGACGGUCACACAAACACCAAAUUUUGGCAACACGAAAGAUGGCUGGGCUGGUCCUGACAAGGGGCCUUGCACACAAAGUUUUGUUUCAGUUGUUGUGGAUCCCACCAAUUUCGCUAGAAUCUUCGACCCACUAGCAAAAGUAUUUUAUGCUUGGGAUGCACAAUCAUGCAUUACCACAUGCGUAGAUACAUGCAUGAAAACUAACCCUGUACAAAACCCACAAUCGCUUGCUUGGUGUCUUGUUGUAAGCAAUCCCAAAAAUGGUAUAAUCUCUCUCAGAAUCGCUUAUACCUUCGCUGACCCAACUGGUCCUGUCAGCAGUACUCCUAUCGUCAGCAGCACUCCUAUUGUUAGCAGUACUUCUACCAAUACUGUGAGCCUUACUACUACUACUGAUGGGUCGGGUGGAUCAGGCUUUUACACUGCUACAAUAAACGUUCCUGCUGGAGUUGAGAAGAUUGGUUGGAGUAAGAGCAUUAUAGGCAUUGGGUUAGCUACAGUGCUAUUAUUCAAAACUUUAUGGGUUUAA